AUGUCAGAACCCGACUUGCUUCACCUGCAUGUCCGAAGGGGAUACCGCACACCCUUCAUCGGGGUCACCUUCAAGGACCACUCUCCAGCCGUAAACCUGAUGAAGAUUCUGCGAAAAGCAUGGCUCCUUCGCGUCGAUGAGAAGAUAACAGCAGACCCGAUGCAUGAUGGAGUGCACAGUCUGGUUCGAUAUCUCGAUGAGACACCAGAAGAAGAGCUACUCAAACGACGCGACAAUGACAGAGACGAUGCCAACAAUGCCCACAUGAGGGCCAUCUACGUAAUGUGGAAUCAUCUGUUUGACAACAUAUCCAACUUCUUGGUCAAUGUCAACUGCAGCAACGGUAUAUUCACGCCGCAGAGUCAUGGGUCUCUCGACAUCCAGUACCCUGAGGAAGGCGAAGAAGGCGAGAGGGUAAAGGUAGCCGAGUUCUCACAUGAUACACACCUUUUAAUCCUUCCUGCUUUCGUGGAUCCGGGGACUAAGGUUGAAGUGACAAUUGGAGACGAAACGCCACCUCAACAGAAGGAGGAGGGAAUCAACAAGACAGGGUUCGAGUUCGAUGCUACCAAGACAGAAUGGGAAUAUCUCGGAACGGAUAUCUAUUUGGUCAAAGCCAACCAGAAGAUCAGCGUCUACGUUCCUCGAGAGGCCAAAAAGGCCGGUAAACUCGCCGCUGUGCUAGUUUAUGGCAAAUACGAUGAAAACUUUGCCGACCCUAAGGAUCAAGAGCACAUGCGUUUGCAUGAACUUUAUGACCAUGACACUGGUGACGAGAUCCACGAUCAACUCAAGAAAACAAGGUGGGCUGGGACAGGGAAUGCUCCUGACGAACGUGAGCUCUGCUCUGAGGUUAUGGCUAUAAAGAAGUGGGUAGAGGACAGCAAAAAGCCGACGGCUGAAAAGGCCGAUGAGCAAAAGGGUGAAGUGGUAGUGCUAUCUUCCAGUAUGCGUACUGCUGAACAGGAAAGCAUCUGUAGCAAACCUCCAAGUGUUAUGGCUGUGUUGUCGUACAAAUAA